UAUUAAUUAGUUUUAGGCAAAUUUGCGAAAGAUAACCUUUUAUAUUUUUUUUUGCGAAAACAGACCUAAAACUAAAAAAUUUUUGUGAAAGACAACCUGAAUGCAUUUUCAGGCAUUGACCCACAUUUUUCUGGUUUGACUUGGCAUGUGCCGGUCACGUGAGGCCUAAUUUUCUUAUUUCCACCAUUUUCCCUCAUUUUUUUCCUCCCAUAUCAAAGCUACUUCCUUAAAACCUAAAAAAAAGAACAUCUGGGAAGACAAAAAGAAGGUGAACGAACGCCAUUAAUGAAGCUCUGCAAACAACAAACUUCCAUUGAAUGUUUCAGGCAAAGUAUUCGUCCAUCUAUCAAAAUGUUGGUCACCGCAACAGUAAUGGCGCAAGUGAUAAUGUAUGGAUCAUAUACAAUGUGGUUGAUGAUGCCAUACUUAACGGAGGUGUGGGAUAUGAGCAUCGUGCAAGCAGCUGCUGUUAUCAACAUUUUUGAUGGAAUAGUUGCCAUUCUUCCACUGUCCUUCAAAAUUAUACUUGAUUCACUUCCUAAUCCUAUCAUUGCAGAUUAUUGGAUGCUUUUGUGGUGCGGUAUUUCUAGCACUAUUGGUUUGUUGCUGGUAACAAUGUCAACUCCCCCAGUACUUUCAAAAGCAAUCGGUACAUGUAAUGAAUACGAAUCCAAAUGCAUAAGUCACACCCAAAGAUCCCUUUUCUACGUCGGUCUAGCUCUCUUAGCCACAGGGAUGGCUACUUGCCUCACAUCACUAAGGCCAUACAUCUUCGAACGAGCGAAAAUGAUGAACAUUAAGAAACCACAACAUAUAUGGAACAUAAGACAAGCACUUGUCCAAAACGUACCCAAAGAAACACUCUUACAACAACUUGUAGAAGCAAAAUCAUGUGUUGAUCCAGCAACAUUAAGGAAUAUAGCAUAUAGUUGGCCUACUGAGUUUUGGCUAUAUCGUUGCAACGGGGUGUUUACUGUUCUACUUGUAGUACUAGUCUUUUGGGUUAUGCCUUGGUCUUUUAGGCUCGGAAUUCCUGUCAUAAUCUUGUUUUUAGCCACUCUCUUGUUUGUUUCCAAGCCGUGGUACCAUGUCCAAGGGGUGCUAAUUAUAAGUAGUAGCGAACCUCAUGGAAAAACAGAGAAGAACUCAUCAACAAAUACCCUCAAAACUAAAACUAUUGUAAAAACUCUGGUAUGUAACUUUCCUAUAUGGUCUACCUUUGUGAUUUGUGGGCUUGUCUCUUCAGUUGGAAACACCUAUUUUAUCGAGCAAGCUGGACAAAUGGAUGCAAAGCUCGGCCAAUGGGAAGUCCCAACAGCCUUCUUUUUGUUAUUCUACAAACUGGUAAACUUGUUCACGACUAGCCUAUGUCAAAAAUCUUUCAACUCGAAGAAAUCUAAAUGGAUUACCAUUUUUGCCAUGGGGGUUUCCGUCUUAUGCUGCUUAAUUGCAGCAUUAGUCGAGAAUAAAAGGCUAGAGGUGGUGAAGUCCGACAACAACAACUCGGUUUCCUUAAGUAUGUUUCUGAUGGUACCACAGUUUUUCCUGUUGGGAGUCCUUGAUGGAGCUUAUAAUUGUUGUGUGUUUGCGUUUUUCCAAGAAAGGUCUCCAAAGUCAGUAAAGAAGUACUUGAAUAGCUUGAUGCAUUUUGUACUUGGACUAGGGAUCCUUGGGAAUGUGGUGUCAGUAUAUGUAGCAGGAAAAGUUAGCAGCAGAGGAGGAAGACAGAGUUGGUUUCAACACACACUUAACAAAAGUCGUCUUGACAAGUAUUAUUGGAUGCUAGCAGUGUUGAGUGGAAUCAAUCUGGGUUUCUACUUGUUAGUAGCUUUAUGUUACUCCAAGUUUAUUAAGAAAUCUGAGUCCGAGUCUCAGCCUGAGUCCGAAAAUGAGGAGGAUGUUGAAGAACUAGAGUUUAAGCGUUUGGAUUGGUUUGAUUUGUUGCCAUUACGUCAAUAAUAAUAUAAUUGUAGCUUAUUUGUUUGUUUGAUGAGAAUAAUCAUAUAAUUGUAGCUUAUUUGUUUGUGUGAUGAGAAUUAAAUCCAAGUUAAAACGAGUGUAGUUGCAUAAAUAACUAGCUAGCUACGGGCUACUGAUAUUUCAUUGUACUUUGCAAUGCCUGCAUACUCUCAUAAUAUAUGCAAGUCUUGAUCCAUACCAGAUGAAUUUACGAGGAAGUAAAUUCGGCAUGCUGUGAUGUGUUUCAAAACACAUCAUAGGGGCAAUUCUGUAAAUACAUUGAAUUUC